AUGGCGAUAUUUACAGCCAAAGUAUUUUUGUUUGCGUUGGUUUUUACAGUUUCUAUAAGUAUCUUAUUUUACAUUAGUCUUUAUCCCUUACAAGGAAACCAUAACAUAGAGAUUAAACCCCAAUCUUGCCAAAAAAUUGAUGAAAAACUGAAUAAGACUUUGUUCUUUGACAAAAUAUAUGUGAUACAUCUCGAAUACCGAGUUGAUAGAAAGGAACGAAUGACAAAAUUGUUUAAACAACAUAACCUUGAUUAUAGUUUUUUUCCCGCUAUUGAUGCCAACUCGAGCGAAGUAGAAACAUACUAUCAACAAAACAAUGGAACUUUGCACAAAGCUGCAAUUGCCUGUUGGUUAAGUCAUUUAAAGGUAUAUCAGACGAUUGUUGAUAACCGGUUCCAGAAUGCAAUUAUAUUCGAGGACGAUGUAGACAUGGAGAUGGAUAUCGCAGAACAACUACGAGAUAUAACGCAAUUUCUUCCUAGAUACUGGGAGAUGCUCUAUGUUGGUCAUUGUAGUAUAGAAAAUUUACGAGAACCGUAUAAUCAUCCAAAUCUAUACAUUUCGACACGACCGUCUUGCACACAUGCAUACGCUGUUUCAUUCAUUGGUGCUUGGCUGCUUUUACAUGAACUUGCACAUAUUGUAUUUCCAAUAGAUGUGGAAUUAGUACAACUUAUAGAACCAGGGAAGAUUAAGUCUUUUAGCAUCGAACCUCCACUUGCUUCGCAGUGGAGAGACGGAAUUCCAUCAGACGUAAGCGAAUAUGAUCCGCUUUACAUCCCAUAUUACCUGAAAAAUUCAACCCUAAGAUAUUUAAAUAUCAUUGAAUAUCCAUCAUUCAAUUCCUCUGAAUGA